CGGGUGGCUUCCAGCCCCUGGUCGUGUCCUCGCCGGGACCCGCCGGCGAGCCGCGGCCCGGCCAACUCCGCGGUGGGGACGCUGUGCCGCGAACUUGAGGCCCGAGAGGGAUGUGAAGGCCCAAAAUGACCCUCUUACCGGGAGACAAUUCUGAUUACGACUACAGCGCGCUGAGCUGCGCCUCCGACGCCUCCUUCCACCCGGCCUUCUUCCCCCAAAGCCAAUCACUCAAGGGCGUCUUCUACCGCCGAGCCCAGCGGCUGCGGCCGCAAGACGAGCCCCGCCAGGGCGGCCAGCCAGAGGACCGCAGGCGCCAGAUCAUCAUCAACGUGGGCGGCAUCAAGUACUCGCUGCCCUGGACCACGCUGGAGGAGUUCCCGCUAACGCGGCUGGGCCAGCUCAAGGCCUGCACCAACUUCGACGACAUCCUCAACGUGUGCGAUGACUACGACGUCACCUGCAAUGAGUUCUUCUUCGACCGCAACCCGGGGGCCUUCGGCACCAUCCUGACCUUCCUGCGGGCCGGCAAGCUGCGGCUGCUGCGGGAGAUGUGCGCCCUGUCCUUCCAGGAGGAGCUGCUCUACUGGGGCAUUGCCGAGGACCACCUGGACGGCUGCUGCAAGCGCCGCUACCUGCAGAAGAUCGAGGAGUUCGCCGAGAUGGUGGAGCGGGAGGAUGAGGACGACCCGCUGGACAGCGAGGACCACGACAGCGAGGGCCCCACGGAGGGCGAGGGCCGCCUGGGCCGCUGCAUGCGGAGACUGCGCGACAUGGUAGAGAGGCCACACUCAGGGCUGCCCGGCAAGGUGUUCGCCUGCCUGUCGGUGCUCUUUGUCACCGUCACCGCCGUCAACCUCUCCAUCAGCACCUUACCCAGCCUGAGGGAGGAGGAGGAGAAGGGCCAGUGCUCCCAGAUGUGCCACAACAUCUUCAUCGUGGAGUCUGUGUGUGUGGGCUGGUUCUCCCUCGAGUUCCUCCUGCGUCUCAUCCAGGCGCCCAGCAAGUUUGCCUUCCUGCGGAGCCCGCUGACGCUGAUUGACAUGGUGGCCAUCCUGCCCUACUACAUCACCCUGCUGGUGGACGGCGCCGCCGCGGACCGCCGCAAGCCCGGCACAGGCAACAGCUACCUGGACAAGGUGGGGCUGGUGCUGCGGGUCCUGCGGGCGCUGCGUAUCCUGUACGUCAUGCGCCUGGCCCGCCACUCGCUGGGGCUGCAGACGCUGGGGCUCACGGCCCGCCGCUGCACCCGCGAGUUCGGGCUCCUGCUGCUUUUCCUCUGCGUGGCCAUCGCCCUCUUUGCCCCCCUCCUCUACGUCAUCGAGAACGAGAUGGCCGAUAGCCCCGAGUUCACCAGCAUCCCUGCCUGCUACUGGUGGGCCGUCAUCACCAUGACAACUGUGGGCUAUGGCGACAUGGUACCCAGGAGCACGCCUGGCCAGGUGGUGGCGCUCAGCAGCAUCCUCAGCGGCAUCCUCCUCAUGGCCUUCCCCGUGACCUCCAUCUUCCACACCUUCUCCCGCUCCUACCUGGAGCUCAAGCAGGAGCAAGAGAGGGUGAUGUUCCGGAGGACCCAGUUCCUCAUCAAAACCAAGUCGCAGCUGAGCAGCAUGUCCCACGACAGUGACAUCUUGUUUGGAAGUGCCUCCUCAGACACCAGAGACAACAACUGAGCCCAGAGGACACACGCCGCCACCGCCACCGCCAGGACGCCCCCAGCCCUACCCGCCCUCUGAGGCUUGAAGCUAUCGCCAUCACUACAGAAGCCUUCAAAGGCACGUGCUGCUUCUGAGCGCAGCCCUGGCCUAGGAGUGACCGAGCCACGCCCCAGGGAGGAUGUCCAGCAUCCAUCUGCAGGGGGUCCCUGGUCCUCAGAGUCCAGAAGUGAAGCCCAGCACACAGCCCUGUCGGUUCCCCCGCCCGCCCCAGCCCCCACGCCUGUUUCCCUAAUAAGGAAAUGGCUUGUUCUUUCCACCAUGUAAAUAACA